UUUUUAGGCAUUAUUGAUGUGUUCACGAUGUAUUAGAAAUGAUAAUUGGAAAAAUGAAAAAACGGGUCGUUGUAAAACUUGCGGUAUGGACAUGCCUAGAAUGAGAACUUGGACUGCAGCGGAUUUUUUAAAUCCUUUGCGUGAAUUUUUGGAAUGGUUGAUUAAUGGAUUGGGGAAUGAGCGAUCAUGGAAAACAUAUGCUAUUUCUCAUUAUGGGGGGUUUCUUUUGUUGUAUACUCUUUUCUCAUUAUUAAUUUAA